AUGGCGGCGGCGGAGGAGCUGCUGGCGCUGCUGGAGUGCAAGGUGUGCUUCGAGCCGUUCGGGCCGAGCGGGCAGCGGCGCCCGCGCAACCUGCCCUGCGGGCACGUGCUGUGCCAGGACUGCGCGGCGGCGCUGGGCGCCGCGGGCCGCCACGGCCUCGAGUGCCCCUUCUGUCGCCGCGCGUGGGGCUCCUCCGAGACCAGCGACUGCCUCCCGCUGCUGCAGCUGCUCGAGGCGGCGGGCGCCGCGGGCAGCCUCCCCUUGGCCGCGGCGGAGGCGGCGGCGGCUCCGGCGGCCCCAUCGGGCCUGGCGCUCCGGAUCUCGCUGGGCGGCUGGGGGCAGCUGGUGAACCCCAGCGGGGUGGCGGCGUGCCCGCGCUCCGGCCGCCUGGCCGUGGCACACGACGGCAAGAAGAGGAUCAAGGUGUUCGGCGCGAGCGGCGCCUGCGUGCGGCAGUUCGGCGAGCGGGGCGAGGCGGGCAACGAUGUCAAGUACCCGCUGGACGUGGCGGUGACGCUGGACGGGCACGUGGUGGUCAGCGAUGGCGGGGACCGCUCCAUAAAGGCCUUCGACCUGGAGGGCCGGGGAACGCUGGCCAUCCGGGAGGGCUUCUCCUUGCCCUGGGGCUUGGACAUCACGCGGGAGAAUGAGGUUGUGGUGACGGAUUCGGAAGCCGGGGCACUCUACCGCCUGGCGGCCGACUUUGGGAAGGGGAAGCUGAGGAAGCUGCAGGUGAUCCAGGCCAAACUGACGAGCCCCAGAGGAGUGGCCGUCGCGCAGGCCUCGGGCGCCAUUGCCGUCAUUGAGCACCUCAGAGCCAAGGGAGCCAACAACAGCAGCACCCGAGUGAAGAUAUUCAGUGCGGACAUGAAGCUCCUCGGCCAGAUGGACACCUUUGGGCUGAACCUCAUCUUCCCCUCCAAGAUAUAUGCGACGGCUGUGGCCUUCGACAGAGAGGGUCAAGUUAUAGUAACGGAUGUCUAUAACCAGGCCGUAGUAUGUCUCGGGAAACCCGAGGAGUUUCCUGUUUUUAAGCCCAUAAUCAGCCAUGGACUUUCGUAUCCUGUAGGACUGACUUACAUGACAAAUAAUUCCCUUGUUGUUCUAGAUGGCGGGGAUCAUUCAGUAAAAAUAUAUAGCUCUACCUGAGUGCGUUUAGGGUAUUUGCUGCUGUAAUGCAUUGUGUUUUUGGCCACCAAGAUAAAUUUUAGUAGACAAGUAGGUGGGAGUCGUUUUCAGGCGUUGAGUGAGGUCGCCCUCCCUGAGCGAUGUGCGUGGAGUCUUUUGCCUGUCUGUGAGAAAACUUGACCGUUGCAGGCAGCAGUCAACAGUGAAACAACCAACCAAGUGACCUGCCGUUUUCAAGCCCUGUCAUGUCUUUGACAACCAAAUGUUUUUAUGUCACUUUGGCAAAUAGUAUCAAUGCAGGGAAUGGAGUAAUCUAAGGCCUGCAACUGAGAGCAAGAGAGAGCAAUGCAGCUUUUGUUUGUCUCUGUAGUAUUUAUUUUUCAUUAUUCAUUCUUAAGUAGAGAGAUAGUCAUGAGUGACUCGAGAAAUUUCUGUUUCCAAUUUUUCUGCAGGAGAAAGGAGACUGACUCGAUAAACUGACAGGGGAAAUAAAUGUUUUGGUUCUGAAUCCAGCUAAGGUCAAUUAUGAUAGAGGAGCUAUUGCUGAUGAGUGAGCUGUAUGAAAUGAAUUGCAUUUUUUCCCAUGACAGGGAAUUUAGUGGUGGAUAAAAGCUUCUUUCAUGAAGGGUGAAACAUGUCAGAUGAUAUUUGGAAGGUGUGUUGUCAUCACUACAUGUUUAAGGGGAGAAAAAAGUCCUUUUUACCUAUGGCAGCUUUCAUGAGCUAUAAGUUAAGUAGUGAAGUUUUAAAGCAUGCUAAAAAGGCAGAAUCUUAAGGUCUGAGAAUAUCACAGUAGACAAAUAUUUAUUCUCUUUACUAGUUUACUACCACCUUUAUGAGAGUGGUGCUGAAGCCCUUGCACCCUGCAAGGAGAGAGCCUGUCUGCAUGCAGACGUAAUCUUGUGUGUUAGCUUUCUCUAAAAGCCUACAGGCGUUUAGACCUCAAGCCCUUCUGCAUAUACAAAAGGGAGCUGGCCCUCAUGCCAGCCAGGUACUCUUGCAAGAUUGCCAGUACUGUCUGUAUCUGUGUUAUCAUUAACACAUUUCGGUGUACAAAACUUCAGACCCGCUUGAAGAUUGAGUGUUGAUGAGUGGUAGAAGGGAAGGAGGGGUGUAAGUCUAUUCUUUUUUCGAGCAGACUUAGAUUUAUAUUUUCUGGAAAAGCGUUUCCCUGUGAACAUUAGUUUUGUUGCCUUACUGAGCAGUGGAAGGUAGCACAUAUCUGAAUUAUUCUAUGAAGUUUUUAGCACCUCCAGUAGGAAGUGACUGCUGCAUGUUCAGGCAUUUAUCUGCUGCUAAAAUAAUAACUUACUUAAUAACUUAAUAAAAUAAUAACUUCAGCACUGCAGGGAAGUUUGAUGA